AUGAUGGCCCCAAUUAUAUCGGCGACAGCAUUUGUCUUGACCCACGAAAAGCGCUUGACGAUCGACUAUCUCGCUGAAGUCAUCAAGCACGGGCAGCCCCGGACUGCCGUCUUGACGCCGUCCAUGCUUGAGGAGCUCUGCGAAUCUGAGAUGGGCAUGGAAUGCCUGAAGACACUUGACAUGCUUGUCUUUGGUGGUGCGCCCAUGGCUCGCGAAGCCGGCGAUCGCAUUGCUGAGUAUCCAGAGAAGGAUGAGUGGCCGUAUCUCGAGUUUAAUCCCUUUGCUGGAUAUGAGAUGCGUGAUGCUGGAGGUGAGUGUUACGAGCUUGUAGUGGUGCGCGGCGAGAAGGGCCGCACUCUACACGCCGUGUUCCCUACUUACCGGAGAAGACGGAAAUAUCGCACUGGGGACCUCUUUACUCCUCACCCGGACAAGAAAGGCCUCUGGCGGUAUGCUGGGCGGCGUGACGACGCGAUUGUUUUGAGCAACGGUGAGAAGUUUAAUCCAAUCAAUAUGGGGGAGACUAUCUCUAGUCAUCCUCUUCUUGACUUGCAAAAGUACAUACGCAUUACUGAAAGUAAAUACUAUUCUAGCUAG